GCUCCACAGUCCACCACUCUCCCAUUUUAAUUUCCCCGUUUUUUCCUUGUUCUUCUCGCGACCACCGAACUCCCAUAAUCCUCCUCCGCCUCCGCAGCAUCCCACCCAUGGCGUCCGCCGCCACCACCGCCGCCGCCUGCCCCCUUCGCCUCAUCUCCCCCUCCCCUCUCUACAAGGCCCUCCUCCCCCGCCCGCGCCCCCACCGCCUCACCCUCUCCUCACCCGUCUCCUUCCAGCGCCUCACCGCCCGGUCCGCCGCCUCCCCGUCCCCUUCCACCACCUCCUCCUCCGCCGCCGCCUCCGGCUCCGUUGAUCCGGCGCAGCUUCCCCCGGAGCUCCGCGACAUCGUCGGCCUCUUCCAGUCCGUCCCCGACGCGCGCACCCGGUACAAGCAGCUCCUCGCCUACGCCGCGCGGCUGCCGCCCAUGGACCCGGCGCUCAAGACAGACGCCAACCGCGUCCGGGGAUGCGUCUCCCAGGUCUGGGUCCACGCUGAGCCGGAGGACGACGGCGGCUCCCCGGGCUGCCGCGUCAGGUUCCACGCCGACUCCGACGCGCAGCUCACCAAGGGCCUCGCCGCGCUGCUCGUGCUGGGCCUCUCCGGCGCGCCCGCCCGGGACGUGGCCAGGGUACCCUUGGAGUUCAUCGAGCUGCUCGGGAUCAGGCAGAGCCUCUCGCCGUCCAGGAACAGCGGUCUGCUCAACAUGCUCAACCUCAUGAAGCGCAAGGCGCUGGAGAUCGCUGACGCCGGUGGUGUCGCAGAAGGGAGCCAACAAUCGGUCCAAGAGGUUGCUGAACCGCGCAGCGAUGGCGUGGAGAAGAAAGAGCCUGAAUUUGCGGCUUUCGGUGUGCAAGAAGAGAAGUCGGAGGAGGAGAGGUGCGACGAGGAGGAACAAUUGGAGGAGGUGCCAUCUGAUGUAGCGGAAGGAAUUGGUGCUUCUUUGGUGAGUGGGAGGAAGGAGAGGAUAAGAGAGAGUCUGGAGAGGGGCCUCUCGCCGGUGGAGCUGGAGAUUGAGGACAUAUCGCACCUCCAUAAGGGCCAUGCCGGGGUGGCUGGGAGCAAAGGGGAGACCCAUUUCAAUGUGCGGGUGGUGUCGAAGGAGUUUGAGGGGAAGAGUCUGCUUAAGAGGCACAGGGCCGUGUAUGAUCUACUGCAGGAUGAGCUCAAGACCGGGUUGCACGCACUGUCGAUCGAUGCAAAGACUCCAUCUGAAGUUUAGAACAGGAAGCGAUUGGUGACGCUAGCGCUUUCUUUGGGCUAUUUGGUCGUAGAUAUGGAACCAAAGGGCGGCAACGGAGUGGAGCCCAAAGGCUAAAUCUCUAGGAGGUCAAGGACCACUGAAGGAGUCAAUGAGACCCGAAGAUUUAGCUGAUGUGGAGUGAGGAGUCCAAAGGAGCGAAGCCCGAAGAAGAUCCGAAGGUUUGACUUCUGAAGGCCAGGGGAUUGACAUGCCGAAGGCCUCACCGAUCGAAGAUAGGCAUAGGGACGGUACGUCCUGUACAUGUACAAUGACUGUAAUACCUCGAGAAUAUUCUAAGAAUAUUUUAACAGAUGGGGUACCAAUGUAAUGUAAACCUAGGUGGUUGAGGUAUGACUAUAAAUACCCAACCCCUUUGGUGUAAUGAAUGAUGAAUCUCAGUUCCACCCUAUACUUGUUUACUGUGCUGUGAUCCGGAUUCC